AUGGUGUUCCAAAAAGCCAUUUCUGUCCUGUUGCUGCUUUUCGUUCUACUCCUUGAGCAAGCCUCUUCUGAAUGCAUUUCGGAUUACGAUUGUAGCGCCAUCUAUCAUCCUAAUUCCAAAUGCACCGUGGCGGGAGUCUGCAGCAAUCCAUAUGUCUCGGGAUGUCUGCACAGCUUUGACUCGGACAAACACAAAAUGAGAGUCUGCAAUGCCGAUGAUUUGAGGUUAGGCAACCACGAAACCAAAAAUGGAAUGGAACAAACCUGUCGGAUUGCCGAAUUCCAAUAUCCCGAAAUCCGCGUUCACAAUCAAGAUUGGGAAGUGGCCAUUUUCUUGUCAUGGAUUAUGCAAAUUUACUUGACCGAGUUUCUAGAGGUUCCUGCAUCCGUCGGGUUGGGGGACGAUACAUUCCAGUCCAGCUUUUACAGCACGGACACUGGGUUACCAUUGAGUAGACGCUCGUAUUCCUUUGACGCAUUGGUCAAAGCCAAUGAGCUCGGAGGAGAUUGUUCAUUGACAGAAGAAGAUUGUGUCCAUGUGAUUCCAGAUGUCUGGUUGGGACAAAAGGAUACACUCUUGGGUCAUUUUGAUGAUGGAGACAUUGAUUAUUUGGAUGGCAAUGGACAGGUGGGGAAAAUUUCGUGGUACGUGCCGAAAAAGACGGCCCAAGAACAUCCCUUUACCAUUACCUAUGUGGGAAUGGACGGAAGGAGACAAGAAUUGGCAGACAUCUUCAAGCGACCCACCAGUUGGCAAGAUUAUUGUCACGAGGUUUCGACAAUGAAUUGUUCGCAACCCGAUGGAAUUGCCUCAAGGUAUCCUGUCACCGAUUCCGAAAAGGCUAGUUACUUUGCUCCGAAUGGCAAUUACAUUGGUCACUUUCGGCAUACUCAAGAAUCCAACUGUACCAUUCUGAACGAAUUUGGCAACAGCACUUGUACUGGACACAUAGUCAAUGCUCCUUGUACCUGGAGUACCUUUUUGGACGCCCAAACCUACUGGAAUGACAUUCCCUUGGCAUCCUCUGGAACAGCUACCGUCAACUCGGGCUAUACCUAUAGUCAGAUGCUCCAAGUUUGGGAUGCCGCCAAUGCUACCAACGAGCACGUCAUGAUGUGGUGGUACGAACCAGAUCCACUCCUAGAAGCCUUUCGGGGGACCGACUACGAAUUUACCAAGGUCCAUUUGCCCAGUCCGUCGGUCGAAUGUCGGGAAUCCCGGGUGACUCCGGACGAUCGCUGCAGCGCGGAUACGAUGACACGAAGAGGCUCCAAGGAAGGAUCCUGUGAUAAUAUUGGACACACUACCAAAAAGGCGAUUGCUUCUUCUCUCAGAGACUCGACGCGGGCCACCCCGGAAGUGGACCAAUCUCCUGGAUACUACGCCAUUCGCAAUUUUAACAUUGAUGAUUUGGACCUGGCCGUGGUGUUGCGAGACUAUGUCAAAAAGGGCAAGACGGGGCAAUCCGCUCGAGAAUCCGUCUGCGAGUGGGUCCAAAACAACAUGGACGUCUUGGGCAAGUUCAAACCCGUGGGAUAUCCUCGGACACUCCGCAAUGAAUCCGAGACACAACGAAAUCUCAAAACUGUGGCGCAAGGAGUAGGGAUCUUUGCCGCAAUCUAUGUCUUGAUCUCCUUUUUGGUCACUUACCAUUACCGCAAAGCCCGCAUCAUGGUCUUUGCCCAAGUCCAAUUCGUCUUUAUCAUGCUCUUUGGGCUGCUUCUCGUGGCCUUGAGCUCCAUCAUGCAUGCCGCCCUCACACCCGACAAUACCACUUGCCUUGCGCAAGUUUGGUUUGUCAAUCUGGGGUACACUUGUUUGUUGGGACCCUUGAUCAUCAAGGUUUCGGCGAUUAAUCAAUUGAUGAGAGCUUCUAGAAGAAUGCGACGGGUGCGCAUCAAGCCACGAACCUUGUACUUGCAAGUAGCUGCCUUGGCAUCCUUUGUGACCAUCUUUUUGUUGGUAUGGACCUUUAUGGAUCCUCCCAGACCAGAAAUGUUUCGCAUUUUGGUCGACGAUGGCAGGACCGUUUCGGCUCAAGCUACUUGUUCUUCCGAGGAUACGUUUUGGGUAACGGGCUAUCACUUUUGGGAGGGAUUUUUAAUUCUCUGGGCCUUUGUACUUGCCUUUCAAUCGAGAGGAGUCAAGGCUGAAUUCAACGAAUCACGAGCGGUUGGAACCAUGAUUUACUCCCACUUUGUCUUUGCGGCCCUUCGAGUCAUUGUCUACCUGACAUUUGAUGAAGAACCCAAUACCAAUGCUGUGGCGACUAGUUUGUUGCUCAGUUUGGAUGUUAUUUCCGCCUUGACCAUCUAUCUCCUUCCCAAGUGGGUGAAGGGACACAAGCAGUUACACAAACCUGCUAGUAAUGAGAACACAAGAUUCCAAAUCACAGCCUCAUCUUUCCGAAGAGAGGGAUCCACCACCUCUGUGACUGGCCUCAAUCUCACCAACAAGUCCAACCCCAACUCCAACAAUUCAAGUGUCUCCAAGGCUUUUCUUCCAUCCAAGCAACUGCCUAAGUCGCACUCGACCUUUUCCUACUUUGAUGAUCAACAAAACAAGCGAAAGAGCUUUGAUAGCAUACCCGAAAGUACCGAUGAGGAAAUGUCGGGAUCCUUUGGUACCAGUGACCAAAGUAAAUACAUAAGACGGGUCAGUUUCAAGACCACUUCCGAAAUUGAUACUGUCCGACAACAUUCCAUGGAUCGGCCUCUGAGUGGAAUCGAGGAAUCCUCGCGAUCGGGUCACUUGGACGAAGCAACGAGCAAUGAUGAAUCCUCAUAG